GCCGCUGCUGCUGUGAUGAUGGAGAGGCGGUGCGUGUCAGAGCGGGGCGGCUAGAGGCCCGGCAAAGCCCCGCGCUGGAUUUACAGCCCUGACCGAGCGACUGAACACCAACAGCGGAUUGCCUCACAACAACUCGUCGACGGUAUAAUUCAGUGGAUCUGAAGAGAAGUUUUAAAACAAGCUGGAGGCCUAACUAUGAUGGACAUUUACUUUUACAUGUGGCCCUGACAUCACACCAAGGAGAAGCGGAGGUUGGAGAUUUUUAUUUUUCCUUUUAAAAAUUGUGAGGACUUCACAUCAUGCCUCCAAGACCCUCCUCGGGAGAGCUAUGGGGCAUUCAUUUGAUGCCCCCCAGGAUUCUGGUGGACUGUCUACUGCCCAAUGGCAUGAUCCUGACACUAGAGUGCCUCCGGGAGGCCACUCUCAUUACAAUCAAACAUGAACUCUUUAAAGAGGCUAGGAAGUACCCCCUCCAUCACCUGCUUCAGGAGGAGACCUCCUAUAUUUUCGUCAGUGUAACGCAAGAGGCAGAGCGUGAGGAGUUCUACGACGAGACGAGAAGACUUUGCGACCUUCGGCUAUUCCAGCCCUUUCUGAAGGUCAUUGAACCUGUAGGAAACAGAGAGGAAAAAAUCCUCAACAGAGAAAUCGGUUUUGCCAUCGGUAUGCCAGUGUGCGAGUUUGAUCUAGUGAAGGAUCCUGAGGUGCAGGAUUUUAGGAGAAAUAUUCUUAACGUCUGCAAAGACUCAGUAGAGCUACGAGAUGCCAGUGGGGCACACAGUCGAGCGCUAUAUGUUUAUCCUCCUAACGUGGAGUCUUCACCAGAGCUUCCAAAGCAUAUAUAUGGCAAAUUAGACAAAGGUCAAAUCAUUGUCGUUAUCUGGGUGAUCGUCUCUCCCAACAACGACAAGCAAAAGUACACACUUAAGAUCAAUCACGACUGCGUACCCGAGCAGGUGAUCGCUGAAGCCAUCAGGAAGAAGACCAGGAGCAUGCUGCUGUCAGCCGAGCAGCUAAAGAUGUGCGUGCAAGAAUAUCAGGGCAAAUACAUCCUAAAAGUCUGUGGCUGUGAUGAGUAUCUGUUGGAAAAGUACCCCAUUAGUCAAUACAAGUAUGUACGGAGUUGCAUUAUGCUUGGUCGGUUGCCAAACCUCAUGCUUAUGUCCAAGGACAGUCUUUACUCUCAGCUGCCUAUGGACAACUUCACCAUGCCCUCCUACGCCCGCCGGAUCUCCACCGCCACGCCUUACAUGAACGGAGAGGCCUCCACCAAAUCCCUCUGGACCAUUAACAGUACACUAAGGAUACGGGUUCUCUGCGCCACAUAUGUCAAUGUGAAUAUUCGGGACAUUGACAAGAUUUAUGUCCGAACGGGGAUCUAUCAUGGCGGAGAACAGUUGUGUGAUAAUGUCAACACACAGCGUGUGCCGUGUUCAAACCCAAGGUGGAACGAGUGGCUGACCUAUGACAUGUACAUUCCCGACAUCCCCCGGGCUGCUCGCCUCUGUCUCUCCAUCUGCUCUGUGAAAGGAAGGAAGGGGGCAAAAGAGGAGCACUGUCCACUGGCCUGGGGAAAUGUCAACCUAUUUGACUACACACACACUCUGGUCUCAGGAAAGAUGGCACUGAACUUGUGGCCAGUACCACACGGCCUUGAAGACCUCCUCAACCCCAUUGGGGUCACGGGUUCCAACCCUAAUAAGGAAACCCCAUGUCUAGAGCUGGAGUUCGACCAUUUCAGCUCACCUGUUAAGUUCCCUGAAACGUCCAUGAUUGAGGAUCACGCUAACUGGAUAAUAUCCAGGGAGAUGGGAUACAAUUACUGCCAGUCUGGACAGAGCAGUAGACUGGCUCGAGACCAUGCCAUGACGGAGGCGGAUAUAGAGCAACUCCGUCAGCUGAGCAACAGGGACCCGCUUUCUGAGAUCACUGAGCAGGAAAAAGACUUCUUAUGGAGGCACAGGCAGUAUUGUGUAAAUAUUCCAGAAAUCCUGCCAAAGAUUCUCCUGGCAGUGAAAUGGAAUUCCAGGGAUGAAGUUGCACAGAUGUAUUGUCUUCUCAAAGACUGGCCCGCAAUAAAGCCAGAACAAGCCAUGGAGCUGCUUGACUGUAACUAUCCUGAUCCAAUGAUCCGAGACUUUGCAGUUCGGUGCCUUGAGAAGUAUCUGACCGAUGACAAACUCUCGCAGUACCUCAUUCAGCUGGUUCAGGUUUUGAAGUAUGAGCAGUAUCUUGAUAAUCCACUGGUGCGAUUUCUGCUGAAAAAAGCUCUUACCAACCAGAGGAUUGGCCACUUCUUCUUUUGGCAUUUGAAGUCAGAAAUGCACAAUAAAACCGUGAGUCAGCGGUUCGGUCUGCUUCUGGAGUCGUACUGUCGGGCAUGUGGCAUGUACCUGAAGCACCUGAGCAGACAGGUGGAAGCCAUGGAGAAGCUCAUCAACCUCACAGACAUUCUCAAACAGGAGAAGAAGGAUGAAACUCAGAAGGUGCAAAUGAAGUUCCUGGUGGAGCAGAUGAGGCGACCGGACUAUAUGGAUGCACUCCAGAAUUUCACCUCUCCACUCAACCCUGCCCACCAGCUGGGUAACCUACGACUUGAAGACUGCAGAAUCAUGUCCUCUGCCAAGAGACCGCUCUGGCUGAACUGGGAAAAUCCUGACAUCAUGUCUGAACUUCUCUUCCAAAACAAUGAGAUCAUCUUCAAAAACGGGGAUGAUCUGCGUCAAGAUAUGUUGACACUUCAGAUCAUCAGAAUAAUGGAGAACAUUUGGCAAAAUCAGGGGCUGGACCUGAGAAUGCUCCCCUAUGGCUGCUUGUCUAUUGGAGACUGCGUGGGUCUCAUCGAGGUAGUGAGAAGUUCCCACACCAUCAUGCAGAUUCAGUGUAAAGGAGGUCUAAAAGGGGCACUGCAGUUUAACAGUACAACGCUGCAUCAGUGGCUAAAAGACAAGAACAAGGGCGAGAUGUACGACAUGGCCAUCGACUUGUUUACACGGUCCUGCGCUGGCUAUUGUGUGGCCACUUUCAUUCUGGGCAUCGGCGACAGACACAACAGUAACAUCAUGGUGAAGGAUGAUGGGCAGCUGUUUCAUAUAGAUUUUGGUCACUUUUUGGACCACAAGAAGAAGAAGUUUGGCUACAAGCGAGAGCGAGUGCCAUUCGUCUUAACUCAAGACUUUUUAAUUGUGAUCAGCAAAGGAGGAACCCAAGAGUGCACUAAAACCAGAGAGUUCGAGAGGUUCCAGGAGAUGUGCUACAAGGCUUACUUGGCAAUCAGACAGCAUGCCAACCUUUUCAUAAACCUCUUCUCCAUGAUGCUGGGCUCAGGCAUGCCAGAGCUGCAGUCCUUUGAUGACAUCGCUUACAUCCGAAAGACCCUGGCGCUGGACAAAACUGAGCAGGAGGCCCUAGACUAUUUCAUGAAGCAAAUGAAUGACGCUCACCACGGCGGAUGGACCACAAAGAUGGACUGGAUCUUUCACACCAUCCGACACCAUGCCCAAAACUGAGCCGACACAGAUCCCAGCCCACUGGUGGAAUUUGGGGCCGGAUAACAGGCAGAAACAAGACCCUUUUUGUAGGAAGCACUGCCUGAUUUAUGCCAUGGAGAAUCACAGCACCCAAACCUCAUGUACAAAUGACCUUCAGAGCACUAAAACAACCCGGAAGGACAUCUUUUUGUGUCCUCUUGUUUAUUUUUUAUUUUUUUCCCCAUGUGAGGCAUCUCUUAACCAUCAUUGUCCGGAGUGGUUGUAUGUUCUAGCUGUAGUUUUCCCCCAAUUUUUUUUUUCUCUCCACAUUGUGCUGCUCUUUUUCCUGGAGAGUCAAUUCCUCUUCUUAUUAUUAAUAUAUAUAUAUAUAUAUAAUUUUUUUUUUUCUGCGAAAAACAAACCAUUGAAGAAAAAAAAAAAAAGUUCUGCACUCUUCAGGAGCUUUUGUGGGGAUGUUCAUGUCUUCCUGUUUAAAACUACAAAUGCCUUCUAAUAUGCACGGAACCUCUGAGAACACUAGAAAAACAGGGUAUGAAACUUUCUGGUCUGCUACCUGGCCUUUCCUCUCAAAACCAACACUAACCCCGCGAAAGGCAGCCCGAGGCGUAGCAGUAUGAAUCUGAUGGUGCUGAUUUCUGAAUUGCGCUCCUGUCCUUUGAGUUCAGUUGGUUUAUAAUAGACGGAUGAUAAGGUUUCGUUCUUUUUUUUUUCUUCCUUGUAUGCACAGCGAGCUAAAAUGAUAGCCUGAAUACCUUAUUAUGCACUGGACGUGAAUAUUUUUCUUUCUUCUUUUUUUUUUUGUAUUAUUAUGAACUCACAUUUUGGCCUCACAGUAGCACUACAUGAGUCUCAAACUCAAACAGACUUUUCAGAGACAUCGGUAACAACAUGGGUUGUGUUCUCAAUAUGCACGUAACGCAUUACACAAUAACAGCGUAGGUUUCAUGAUAGAAAGAAAUAUUCAUUUUUAGGACUACGACAUGGGUAUUUUUGAUGGCCAGUACUGAUGGCGAUAAGUAAGCAAAUGAGUACUGAUUUCCCUUAUUUUACACAAUAUUUUAUAUUGAGUUUGUAGCUGAUGGGUUAAAAAUGAAUGGCCUGGCCGAUGUGUUUCAGUUUAUCACUAAUUGGGACAAAUAUUUUCAUUUUUACUUUUUUAUAGAUCAAUGCUGUUUUUCCAGUUCCAGUGUGCAAAACAUUACAGGAAUCCAGGUUAUCGGCUCUCUGUGUUUUCUCGGUUGUCUGGUGCAGAGUAAUGAUUGUGACUACCGGAUGCCCUGGCAGCGUGCAGAUUUGAAGCCUUAAUACACUCGCAUAGUAUGAAUCGAUAUUCUUCUCCAUGUGCCCUUGCAUGCCACAGGAAAGCAAACACGUUGGCGCUGAGCGGUUACGAAAGAACAAAAUGGCUUUUUCUUCCCUUUCAGUUGAGUCGCUGUAUCACUGGGUACUUUAUUUUACUGCUAAAGCUGGCAAGACCUUUCCUGUUAGCCUGACUUCUUCUUUUUUUUUUUUUUUUUUUUUAAACAGAUACAACUCGUAGAUUGCUUGAGAAGCAUUAAAGGGAUAAUCCACCCAAAAUCUUUAGGUUUUUAUUGAUUUUUUUCAUAGAAUUUCCAAAAAAAUAAGAUCGGAAGUCAAUGGAAACCGAAGCUGACUGAUUAUCAGCAUCGUGCGAAAUGGCUUCUUUUGCAUGAAGGAAGUCAGUCGUGCAGGGUUUGAACGACGUAAGGGUCAUUUUGGGGUGGACUGUUUCUUUUAAGAAAGAUGGUGCUAUGUAGUUAAACGUUGAAAGAUUCUAUAGACGAAAUGGAUGUUUUAGACGGUGAAAUGGCUUCAAAUGUAUGACACUGGUAAAAUAUCAUUUACCGAUGACACUACAGUACAGUGCAUUUAUAAUAUCUAUCUACAGAUACAUUUAUAUGCAUACAUGCGUGCGUGCGUGUGCGUGUGUGUGUGUGCGCGCAUGUAUACACACACACACACACACACAUACAUUCUGUCCCCCUUCUCUUUUUUUUUCAUUAGUGCAGACAAAGUACAGUGAAUGUUUCAUGGUGCAGGAUCAACAGGUCUCAAAUGUGGUGUUACAGGGCUGAGCAAAUUAGAGUAAAAAGAAAAUGAGGGUAGUUAUCUUUUAAUUUGAUCAAAUGAAUUAACUCUGCGCCCUUUUAAGUCAGGUUAAGUGCCUUGCAUGUGGCUGUAAUGGCAGUGUUAUGUUCGAGCUGCUCGCUUCGCCUGUUGGUUUACCAGCUUUCUGGAUCACCUCAGCAGGUUGAUUCCCUACCAAAUCUUCACCUAUUAAAAGGGAUAGUUCACCCAAAAAAAAACAUUUGCCCACCGUCAUUUCAAACCUGUCUUCUGCUGAACAGCUAAAGAAGAUUUUUUGAAUAACCCAACUGACUUGUAUUUAAAAAAAAAACAACAAAAACAUUUUUCAGAACAUUUUUAAUGUUUGGAGCGACAUGAGUGGUGACCAUUUUCUUUUUAGGGUGAACUACCUCAUUGGGCACAAAUUCAGAUGUUCUCUUUCUAUCCCUUCUCGGCCCCUGUCGGUUAAUCCAAGCCCCUGACGUGUUUUUGCAUUACUUUAAAGCUGUGAAAAUGUACAUUUUACUAAUGAGGUGCAAUCGUGCUAUUUAAAUGGAUAUAUGGCUACUGGCAGGAACUGACUCCUGAGUGCCCGUUUUUUUCUCGCCCGUUUUAUGUGCGUUGUGUUUUCCUCAAAAGGAAAGUCGGCGAUCAUACUCGCGUAACCGCCCGAGACGUUAAGGAUCGGAUGAAAACCAGAUAGGAAAAACACAAGGAAACGACGCGCGCUCAUUUCCGUGUCGCAGUCUGACAAGGUCUUUGCGGAGCUCAAAUACUGGGCAACAUCUAACAAUGCAAAUCAUAAUGAAUGAGUUUGUUUUUUUUUUCUACUGUUUUUAAGUUCAAAACGGUGUCCUGAGUACUAUUGUAGUAUUCCACAUUUAUGCAUUUUUUUUUUUUUUUUUUUUUGGUAAACGUUGCAACUCUUAUAUGCAGUAAACGAAUGAGCAGAGAUACACGUGUCAGACUGAUGUAUGCAGGUGGUUCUUGCACUUUUUAUUCCUUCGUAUUUUUAUUCUCUCUUUGCCUUCGGUCCCGAGGGACGCUUUAGUCUCCCGCAUGCGUUUUUAACCCCAUGUGCUCAUUUACUGCCUGAAACUGAGAUCAGCUGCGUUAGAGCUUAGUCACGGCGAAGCAGCCUUAUGUUAGCUCUCUUGAAGCCAUUUUUAAUGCAUGGUUCUGUUCACGUGUGUUUUUGUCUGUACAGGUUACAGAUCUGCUUGGGCUGGACCCGCUAAAAAGCCCAUUCACAAACGUCUAAUGUAAUCGGUAGCUUUCCAGUUUACUUUUUAAUCAUUUUAAUGACUUGCAAACAAACUAUUGAGGUGCAGAAAUCCUGGAGUCUUUUGUAUGACAAAGGAAAAUGAGAAAAAAAAAAAAAAAAAGGAGUUGAACUACGAAAACGUUUGAUAAGUUUCAGUUGUUGUACUUGAAAAUCAUCGCUCAGAACCGUUUUUGUGUGUGUGUGUGUGUGUGUGUAGACUACAAAGCCGUCAAUGUUACAUAGCACUGAAGGUUUACCUGCAUAGGCAAUUUCAUACCGAUUGUGAAUGUUUCAGUGGUUUGGUAUGGAGUCUCUUUACAGUUAGAAACUCUACUACACCAAUAAAAAGAGAGAAAAAUGACCAUUUAAAUUGAAAGAAAACUAAAGUAUAAAUUUGUUUGCUAUUGUGUGAAGUCUAAAAGAUGGAGGAUAUAGAAAAUUCUAUUUAAUGGAAGGUCAAAGCAGUUUUUUUUUUUUAACGCUUAUGUUUCUCUCUCUGUAUUGCUGUUGCAUAUUACUCAUUUAUGUGUUGAAUUAUGAUGUCAUAAAGAUAUAAUUUUCUUUACUAUCAUUAUUAUAAAAUUAUAUAUAGCGGGCCAAAUACUUUAUUUACCUCUUUUACUUCCUUGCAUGAGAUGAGAUAAAAAAAUUAAAAAAAAAAAGGAAAAAAAGAGAAAAGUUUAAGAAGUUGCCCUAGUGUUUUAUUUUUUGUUUGUUUGUUUGUUUUGUUUUGUUUUGUUUUUUUAAAGAUGUAAAGGAUUUUUGGCCUAUGACUGCACCCAUCACAAACCAUCUAUAAACUGCCAUCAGUUACAAAGCCUCAUAUUCAUUUCUAUUCGAUUUCAUUGUGCACCUCAGUUCAAAGGUAGCUUUGUAUCCAGUCUGUCUUCAAUAUUUUGAGUGUUAUGUGACUAUGUACAAAUAAACGUAUUUCAAGAAAA